AUGGGUAACAAAACCAGCUCUGUUAGCCCUGUCAAGGGCGCCAACAUUACCAUCUCUAUCAACACCACCAGCGCCGUUAACAUUACCAAUCGCGUGUACAUCAACAAUUCCGUCGAGGACACCAGCUCCGUUAAUGACACCAAGGACGCCAAGGACGCCAGCUCCAUCGUGAACACCAGCCCCCCCAAAGACACCAGCUCAGCCAAGGACACCAGCUCCGCCAAGGACACCAGCUCCAUCGAGAACACCAGCCCCCCCAAAGACACCAGCUUCCCCAAGGACACCAGCCCCCCCAAAAACACCAGCUUCCCCAAGGACACCAGCCCCCCCAAAGACACCAGCUCCAUCGUGAACACCAGCCCCCCCAAAGACACCAGCUUCCCCAAAGACACCAGCUUCCCCAAGGACACCAGUUCAGCCAAGGACACCAGCUCCUCCAAGGACAUCAGCUCCGCCGAGGACACCAGCUCAGCCAAGGACACCAGCUUCCCCAAGGACACCAGCUCCUCCAAAGACACAAGUUCCCCCAAAGACACCAGCUCCACCGAGGACACCAGCUCCCCCAAAGACACUAGCUCCCCUAAAAACACCGGCUUCCCUAAGGAUACCAGCUCCAUCGUAAACACCAGCUCCCACAAAGACGCCAGCUCCGCCAAGGACAUCAGCUCAGCCGAGGACACCGGCUCAGCCAAAGACACCAGCUCCCACAAAGACACCGGCUCAGCCAAAGACACCAGCUCCCACAAAGACACCGGCUCAGCCAAAGACACCAGCUCCCACAAAGACACCAGCUCCCCCAAAGAUACCAGCUCCGCCAAGGACACCAGCUCAGCCAAGGACACCAGCUCCGCCAAGGACAUCAGCUCCGCCAAAGACACAAGCUUGAUAAAUGACACUAGCUACAUCGAGGAUACCAGUCGCGACAACAGAACCAACGGCUCCAACGCCGCCAACAAUACAGACAAGGACCUGCCCGUGUAUGGACCAUUUCUGCCAACCGGGAAGAAGCGAAAGUUGAUCUUGCGUGACCCCACAUGCCCCAAGCACGGCGACGUAGAGGCAGCACGGAGGGCCAAGGAAGAAUCAGUGCGUCUUUGUUAUGUCGGAACCCCUCUAACCAGUCCAGGUAUACAGACUGAGCAUGCUCCUAUAGAGACCGAGCGCGUUUCUAACGAGGAAGCGCGUAAUCUUAUCGAAGCUGAGCGUUCUCCUGUCGAAGUUGAGCGUUUUACUGUCGUGAUAGUACAUGAUCCUACCAAUCCGUACGACUCAUGGACCAGUCUCCCUUCCUUAGGUGGCGCUGCCGAUACUUAUUUAAUGGUUCCCGUAAACGUGUCGACCCUUGAAUACUUCGGGAUAGCAAUAAGCCGGAUGGAAGCCGAAAUCAAGACGUACGAGGCCAAGGCAGAUCAUGAGUAUAAGGCCGAUCCUAAGGCGUAUGAGGCCAAACUUGAAGCGUAUAAGGCUUGCGUUGAGACAUAUAUGGCCUACGUUAAGCUGCUCCUCGCAUUCAAAGCCGAAGCUGAGAUGCCUAAAACCGACUCUGAGAUUUUUAAGGCGAGCGCGGAGGCGUAUGGUACCUUCUGCCGCGCGUUCGAGGCCUUCGCUGAUUUACGAAACCUCUACAUGGGGUUGUCUAAUGGAAGUUUCGAGGAGAGAUCGGCCCAGGCCAAAGUUCAGGCCGAGAAGUUUGAGUCGACCUUCACUGAGUGGUCUCAGGUCUAUGCCGAGGCGCAAAAGAUCAUUCAAAGGGCACUAUACCUCCGCGAUGGAGCCGGCAACGAUGGAGCCGGAAAUGAUGGAGCCCGUGAUGACAGACCGCAGAAGACAAGGAAGGAGAGGCGGGAGGAGCAGAAGGCGCAGCAGAAGCAGAACAAGAAGGACAUGAAGAACAUGAGGAAGGCGGAGGAGCAGAAGGCGCAGCAGAAGCAAGACAAGGAGGACAUGGAGAACAUGAGGAAGGCAUUGUAA